GAAUAUUUAAAUUCUAAAAUAUCCACACAGUGAGAUUACAAAUCGAGCGAUGGAACAAUACAAGAGAAAUGUCAUUGUUCGUCGUAUGACUAUAAUAUAUUAAUAAUAGCCGGGCAGAAACAAAAGUUCAAGAAGAAUGAUAAUUUUCUUACUGUAUGUAGAUGUAAUUUUGAAAUACCGAUAGAGAUAUCAUUUAUUGUCACUCGCCCAAGAAGAAGCGUACGUGGAGACAGUGAUUAAUGCAAGUACAAAAAUCUUGAUUUUUAUACAUUAGAUUUACUAAGGCAGUUCCAAUUCAUCGAAUAGUACAGCAUGAGAAGAAUAAAUUUUCAAAAUGUGAAUAUUUUAAACAAUCGAGCGAACAUGCUUUCGGGGAAUCUGUUUCUUGUAGCAGCCGAUAGUUUGCGAUUUCCAUUACUGUGGCGCAUACAUAGCGCCGUCGUCUGGUUAAUUCAGCUGAUUUACACGAUCGCGUUACUCACUGGAAUAAUUGUGACACCAAAAGAAAAAGCCUUGAAAGACGGUACUGUUGCCGUUGUCGUCAUCAUCGAGUCGUGUUUUUUGCUCACGCGUAUUUACGUAAACAAAAAAUUAAUGCUAUCACUGAUCCAGAAAAUGGACGACCUCUUGCAAACUACGGAUGACAUUAUGGAGGAUAUUGUGAAGACUACUCUGAAACCAAUAAUAAUGCCAUUCGUAAUUUAUGGAGCAGCUGGUAUAAUAUCUAUUACUAUAUGGACGUCACAACCGAUUUUAUUGGCUUUCGAAAAGACUACUUUUUUUUAUGUAGAUUAUAACUUACCAGCCGCUUUUAGUCCCGAACCGUUCUCAAUCGGUGUCCUGAUUUUUUCAAUUGUCUUUAUGACAAUUGCCAGUGUGUAUAGCUUUUUGAAGAAAUACAGCGUGGACAUAUACAUGAUACACCUGGUGUUGAUGUUAACUGCACAAUAUCGAUAUAUAGCGAUAAAAUUAUCAUUAUUAUUUCAAGAUUCAAAAAAUCGCAACGAAUCUCGAACAGGACAUCAUUCUAUGACAGAUCGAUGGGCAAAAAAAGAGCUAAGAGCGUUAUGUCGGCAUCAAAAUACUGUUUUACACAUAUCAUUUUUAUUAAGAAAACUUCUGUCUGUAAACUUCAGUCUAUUAUAUAUCAACAGCGUCUUUCGGUUUUGCUUUAUAGGUAUUCUAAUGAGUUCAGUACCAUAUAUGACAUUCAUGGAGGGAAUUUCGGUCUUAUCGUUUACAAUGGGUUCAAUAAUGCAGUUCUUUUUGUUAUGUUCUUCCGUGCAAACAUUAUCAGAUGCGAGUAUCAAAGUGACGGAUAAAGCAUUUGAUGAAGCCUGGUAUCAAUUUGGAUCAUCAAUGAAACGUACAUUCCUAUUACUGAUAAUGGCUAACAAUUUAGAAUGCAAAAUUGCAGCAAUUGAUAAAUUCAAUUUGUCUCUGCCUUCAUUUAUGACGAUUAUGAAUCAAUCAUAUUCAAUUGCUCUUUUAUUUUUAAGAGCAAAUUGAAAUAAAAAAUACAUCGCGCUGGUAAACAGAAGAUAAGAUAGAGAAUGGUUAUCAAAGAUAAAAACAAAAUUAAGAAAAAUUAUUUUAAAAGGAAUCUGUACAAAUCCGUUUUGUACAAUAGUGUAGAGAAUAUAGGUGUAAUAAACAUAAUAUUCAAA